ACUGUGGAUUCCGGCACCAAGGCUUUAAAAUUUCUGGGUUGGCAUGAAGAGGGCCUAAUCGAUCCAAAUCACCAAUCUGUUCCUCGAAACAUUCAUCAGGAAGUUGAGGUGAAUAUGAUAAUCACGGAUUACGGUAUGCCUGGAAUGACCGGAUAUGAUUUGCUCAAGGAAAUUAAGGAAUCUUCUUUUCUCAAAGACAUACCAGUUGUGAUCAUGUCAUCUGAGAAUGUUCCUUCAAGAAUAAGCAGAUGCUUAGAGGAAGGAGCUGAAGAAUUCUUUCUAAAACCUGUGAAAAAAUCAGAUAUGAACAAGUUGUCUCACAUGAUGAGAACCAAACAUCAUCAUAAUAAUAAUAACAUUGAGAAAGAAGUAGAAGGAAAAAAUCAAGAUGAGGAAUUAGUAGUAGGAGGAGAAACAGAGAAAUCAGAUAUCCAAACGCAACAGCUUCAUCAAUGCAAAAAACAGCAACAAAAGGAAAGUCAUGGAAGAAUGUCUUAA